AUGGCGCUCGGAUUAGUGGACGCAUCUGUGCUGCUCGUGUUGAUCGCGAUGCGAGCGCAGGUCUGCUCCUGCCAGAAGUACACCUGCACCGUCGGCUCCGACGGGUUCUGCGUGUUCCAGGGCGUGCUGGUGGAUAGCGCGGACCAGGCCCAGGAAGUGCAGCUGGAACCGCCGUCCAGUGGGGCCGAGGUGACGCGCAUCAAGUUCCGCGACUCGAGCAUGUACGCGCUGCCCACCCGGCUGUACGUGGCGUUCCGGCAGCUGCAGGAACUGCGCGUCUGGUGGAUGCAACUCCACACGAUCCACAUCGACGCGCGGCUCCUGACGCUCGACGCGGAGAAGAACCGCAUCAGCAGCAUCACGACCGAUCCGGACACGGUGCCGCAGUUGCGUAAGCUGGAGCUCAACCAGAACCGGCUCCGAAAUAUCGACAACAUCUCGCAUUUCGAGCACUUGGAAGUGCUGGAACUCGGGCACAACGAGCUGCGGACGCUGGACCUGUGCGUGCUGCGGCGCAUGCGGCGGCUCCGGCUGCUCGAUCUGUCCAGCAACAAUCUGGCGCUGGUGAAGAACUCCAUCGGCCACGAGAAACUACCGGCACUGACAGUAUUAUACUUGAACGACAAUCGCCUGACGUACCUGGAUCUGGGUCUGCUGCGAUCGCUGCCGGCGCUCGAGAAGGUCCAUCUAGCUAACAACGCCCUGGUGUACGUGGACUACGACAAUCUGCCGGCGGCCUUUCCACGGCUCAAGUCGUUCCAGAUCUACGGCAAUGACUGGCACUGCGAAGCGCUCACCGAUUUGGUCGGCCACCUCCGGAAGAUGGGCGUCCACGAGUACAAGGCGUUCAAUGCGUUCAACUGCAAAGACCGCACGGUCGAGGGGCUGUGCUGUACGGACAACAAGCCGUUCGCCCUGGUGCGUAAGUCGCACCACCACAUCACCACCUACGUCACCACCGAGCUGACCGGCCAUGCCCGGUCGAUGGCGCACGAAAUCCACCACACGCUGAACCGGCUGGCGACGAGCGAAAACUUUACCCAAUCCGCCAUCCAGACGCUCAGUGACGAGGUGGAAGAGCUACGCAACUUCCUGCUGGUAGGAUCGGCCACCGCCAUCCCGGGCGUGGGUGGCGAUCAGCCAGCGGUGUCCGUGCCUCUCGUCCGGAGCGAUCGCGACAACGACAAGCUCGAUCGACUGACGGGCGAAGUGGCGAAACUGCGGCGCCACUACCAGAAAAUGGCGACCGAAAACCAAAACCUGCGCCAACAGGUGCGCCAGUACGACAAGCUGAAGCAGGAGCUGGACGAACUGCGCACCGAGUCGAUCGAGACCAAGCUCGAGAUCCAGCUGAUGAAGGAGGAAAAUGCGUUGCUGCGGCAGGACCUGCAAAAACUAACGCAACUGUUCCAGCUCGGCUCGAACGUUUGA